UCACUUCCGCCGCUGCAGUCGCCGCCCGCCCCGCUGCUGUCUGGCGGGGGAGGAGCUCAACACCGGGAGCAGCGGCUCUGGCGGUCGUGGCGGUCGGAGGUCUGAGAGCUCUGCUUCUCCGGAGAGCGUGUGGCUUUCUGGACUUGGUCUACACCUGACAGUCACUGGAAUGCUACUCCAGGCCUUAGAAGAAAGUGAAACUAAUUUUAAAGGCCCCUUAUUCUUUCUGUUACCUGCCUGCUGAAGUGAAAGUAAAUCUCCCUGCUCCUUUAUUCUAAAGUGAUUUUACUUUCCCAUCUCAAAAACGUGUGCUGGGAGCAGGAGCCUUCCUACCCAAGCCCCAGCUGUAUUGGAAAUCCUCCAAAGUCAGAGUGAUGGGUCAGGAAUCUAGCAAGCCUGUAUGGCCCGAACCAACAGGAGGGUAUCAGUCCAAUACAGGUAGGAGGUAUGGAAGAAGGCAUGCUUAUGUCAGUUUCAGGCCAUCCACAAGCCAGCGGGAAAGGAUUGCCAGCCAGAGAAAGACGAACUCCAAAGUCCCAAUGCACAGAACAGCCCCCAGUCAAACCACCAAGAGGAGCCGAUCGCCAUUUUCCACCACUCGUCGCACUUGGGAUGACAGUGAGAGUUCGGGAACCACCCUGAAUAUUGAUAAUGAGGACUAUUCCAGGUAUCCACCAAGAGAGUACAGGGCUUCGGGUAGCAGAAGAGGAAUGACCUAUGGACAUAUUGACUCUUAUGGGGCAGAUGACAGUGAGGAGGAGGGGGCUGGGCCUGUUGAGCGACCGCCAGUGAGAGGGAAAACUGGCAAGUUUAAAGAGGAUAAGCUGUAUGACCCAGAGAAAGGGGCAAGGUCUUUGGCUGGGCCAUCUCCACAGUGCUCUAGUUUUAGCCGUGAUGUGAAAGAGAAGCAAGACAAGUUAGACCCAGUCCCUGCAGCAAGAUGCUCAGCUAGCAGAGCUGACUUCCUGCCACAAAGUAGUGUGGCCUCACAGUCUUCUUCUGCCGAAGGCAAGGUAGCUCCAAAAGGUGACAGCUUGGAGAGGGAGAGGAGGGAGCAGAAUUUACCUGCACGUCCCAGCAGGGCUCCUGUGAGUAUUUGUGGUGGUGGGGAAAACACCCCAAAGAGUGUAGAGGAACCUGUGGUCAGGCCCAAAAUUAGAAACCUGGCAAGUCCAAACUGCGUGAAACCAAAAAUUUUUUUUGAUACUGAUGAUGAUGAUGAUAUGCCACACAGUACUUCGAGGUGGAGGGAUACCACCACCAACAACGAAGGCCAUUCGGAUGGCCUGGCAAGAAGAGGCAGAGGCGAGAGUUCAAGUGGCUAUUCCGACCCAAAGUACCCUGAGGACAAGCGGGAAGCCAGGAAUGAUCAAGUGAAACCAGAAAAGGUGCCAAGACGACGACGCACCAUGGCCGACCCUGACUUCUGGACGUACAGUGAUGAUUACUACAAAUACUGUGACGAAGACUCUGACAGUGACAAAGAGUGGAUUGCUGCUCUGCGUAGGAAGUAUCGAAGCCGAGAGCAAACCCUGUCCUCCAGUGGCGAAAGCUGGGAGACUCUGCCGGGGAAAGAAGAGCGGGAACCUCCGCAGGCUAGGGUGAGUGCCAGCCCCGGCCCUGGCCCUGGUGCUAGUGCCAGCGCCGGGGCUGGUGCCGGGGCCAGUGCUGGCAGCAAUGGAAGCAAUUACCUUGAAGAAGUUCGAGAACCAUCUCUUCAGGAAGAGCAGGCAUCCCUGGAGGAAGGAGAAAUUCCUUGGCUCCAGUACAAUGAGAAUGAGAGUAGCAGUGAGGGGGAUAAUGAUUCUGGUCACGAGUUGAUGCAACCUGGGGUAUUCAUGCUGGAUGGAAACAACAACCUUGAAGAUGACUCCAGUGUGAGUGAAGACCUAGAAGUGGAUUGGAGCCUCUUCGAUGGAUUUGCAGAUGGGUUAGGUGUGGCUGAAGCCAUAUCCUACGUGGAUCCUCAGUUCCUCACCUACAUGGCACUUGAAGAACGCCUGGCCCAGGCAAUGGAAACUGCCCUUGCGCACUUAGAGUCUCUUGCAGUGGAUGUAGAGGUGGCCAAUCCACCAGCAAGCAAGGAGAGCAUUGACACUCUUCCUGAGAUCUUGGUCACUGAAGAUCAUGGCGCAGUUGGUCAGGAGAUGUGCUGCCCCAUCUGCUGUAGCGAAUAUGUGAAGGGGGAGGUGGCAACUGAGCUGCCUUGUCACCACUAUUUCCACAAGCCCUGUGUGUCCAUCUGGCUUCAGAAGUCAGGCACCUGCCCCGUGUGCCGCUGCAUGUUCCCUCCCUCACUCUAAAGACCAAGGCUGUUUACUCCUGGUCUGGUUAUUUUCCCCAUCUGAAAUCCACAAUACCGCAGGAGCCCUCUUGAAAUUAACAAUGGAAACAAAACCAAUCAGUCAGUUAGCCUAAACCUGUUGAUUCCUCGUGAUUAUUUCCAAUGUGAAAACACUUGUGUAUGAUUGCAUUAAAAAUCAUGUCAUCUUUUAGAGGUUAGAAAAGGGAAAACUCAACUUUCCAAAUACUACUUGAGAUUGCAGUAAGAACAUUUUCUAACCUGAAAGUUAAAAUAAAUCGCAUUUGUUUUCUUCAGUAGAAUGUGUUGCUGUUACUUGUAAUGUCAGGUUUAUCUGUUAAAUAUGUCCAAAAGGCAAAAUCAUUUUUGUUGCAUGUUAUGGGUCGAUGUUCCUGUAAUUGCAGUGCCGUAAAAGCUUAUUAAAGUUUUUCUUUUGAUUUUA